GCACGUGUAUUGUGAUUGACUGAUUGUAUUACGUUAAAGUUUCUCGCACCGUACGCUUCGAAAUUCAGAUUAGUUCUCGGCGAACUGUCGAUUAAUCGUUUAAAAAUUCCUACGACUUACAAAUUCCGCGUUCGUACCAAAUAUAUUAAAUACGAACUGAAAUUUUUACUUUCUGGAAAAAAAUUGGUUGUAUUAUUAUCGACGCAUUACUCAGCAAACAACGUAAUCGCCUUCGAUUAUCUGGAUAAUCUACCGAGGAUGCUACGUUAUAUGACAUUGGAUUCAUAACGAUAUCAUAUAGAGAAGAAAAUAUUCAGUCUAAACGGACAACGUGUGUGAUAUGUCGAAUUUUUUUAUCAAAAUCUCCAAGUUUGACCAAUCAAGACACAGGUGUUAGUCGACAAUUCACUCACUCACGAGUUAUUUGAGUGAUCUCAACGACGGAUCGGGGAUACGAAUCUGCUCGCGGUUGCUUCGAGUUGCACCUCGACCGGUGACGAACGUACACCGAUCGUCUAAGCGGCUUGACGUUCUUAUCUUAACAUCGCAAGGAAACGGGAAGGAGAGGUGCGUGUCCCUGAAAGUUACGCAACGCGGUAAACACGAUGAAGUCGAAGACGAGCGAGAGCUUGAUAGCAAGUGAAAGCAAGGCGGAGUUCAAGAAAGACGGUGCCGACCAGCACAAGCAAAAACCGUUGAAGAAAGGUAAAACGUUUUGUCAGGCUUGUAAGAAGAAGUGCAGUGGGGAGGUACUGCGGGUGCAGGAUAAAUACUUUCACAUAGGGUGCUUCAAGUGUGCCCAGUGCAAUGCCAGCUUGGCGCAAGGUGGCUUCUUUGCACGUGAGGGUUCCUAUUACUGCACUAAGGACUAUCGGGAACGCUGGGGUACACGUUGUGCUGGUUGCGGGGAGUAUGUUGAGGGUGAUGUGGUGACAGCUGGCGAAAAGCAUGCAUUUCAUCCAAAUUGUUUCCAUUGCCAAAGAUGUCGGCAACCAUUGCUAGGACAGGGAACAAAAGUGUCUCUUGUUCAAGGUCAAGCGCUGUGUCACCGAUGUGUCGGUAUUCCGGUUCGCGAGGCCUCCACGCCGAUUGGCAAUAGCGCCGGUACCAAAGGUGGCGGACACGCUGACCCUGGUGCUUGCGCCGGUUGUGGAAACCAAUUGAGGGAAGGUCAGGCAUUGGUCGCACUCGAUCGUCAAUGGCAUGUCUGGUGUUUUAAGUGUCACAGCUGCGACACUGUGCUCCACGGGGAAUACAUGGGAAAAGAUGGCGUGCCUUACUGCGAGAAGGAUUACCAGAAGCAGUUUGGAGUAAAGUGCGCCUAUUGCAACCGUUACAUUAGCGGCAAGGUCUUGCAGGCCGGCGACAACCAUCAUUUCCAUCCAACCUGUGCGCGCUGCACAAAAUGCGGCGAUCCAUUUGGCGAUGGAGAGGAAAUGUACCUACAGGGUGCCGCCAUAUGGCACCCACGAUGCGGUCCAGGACCAACCGGACCCAAUGGCAUCGUGAACGGACACGGGGACGCUCCCACCCCGCAGCAUCGGGAAUCGGAGCGAAUUUCCAGCAGUGCUUCGGAAAUGCAGUUUUCAUUGCGGUCACGCACGCCAAGCCUGAACGGAUCGCUGUGCAGCCCUUACAGCAGCCUAAGUCGCAAGUAUUAUCCCGCACGAACUGGAAGCCCCGGCCUGAUCCUGCGAGAAUACGGACGACCGGCGGAAGAUGUAUCUAGGAUUUAUACUUACUCGUAUUUGACUGAAACGCCCAGUCAAGGAUAUCUGAGACGUCCGAUACAGCCGUACGAUAAACCCCCCACUAGCCCGCAUUUCCAUAGACCUAGCUCGUCUCGUUCGAUAAGAAGCAGCGGUGGACGCAGCAGCAGAUCGGGAAUGAGAGCUUUGGUCGACGCGUUGAGCGACACUCGACCGAAAUCGCCAGCAAGCCAAGUAGAUAAUGAUGAGCCGAUAGAAUUAGCGCAUUAUCCAGACGCUAUGAAACCACCCCCGGGGGCCCAACCACCAAUCGAGAGAGACGAUUUCCCUGCUCCACCGUAUCCUUACACUGAUCCUGAAAGACGUAGACGAUGGUCCGACACUUAUAAGGGAGUACCUGCAUCUGAUGACGAGGAUGACGUGGAUAACAAAACGUAUAUCAAGGAAGCGGAGCAAAAAUUGAAAAAGGAACAGGACGAAUUGAGCAAGAUCGACACGGGAAUAGCUAAGGUAUUCCUGCAAGAUCGCGAAAAAGAUCGGGAGAAUUUGAGACAUAGAGCUGCGAACGUUGAUCCUAGAAACGCCUCGAGGACACCGUCUGCCGCCAGAGAGCCAACGUAUCGAUUGCGUUAUGAAAGUCCCGUUGGUGCAUCGCCUUCGCGAAAUAUUGAUCAUGCACGGCCUUGGGAGGAUGACGAUGGCUUCAGCUACAGAUCCAGCGGGCCUAGUUACAACGUUGGGAGGUCAUCGGCGCGCUCCCCGGCUCCCAGAAACUAUCCACCCCUUGGUACUCAACGCGCCUUCACUCUUCCAAACGCCACUAGACACUAUCAUUCGGUGAUUGUGAGCUCCCUUCGGCACAUCCCGAAGCCGGGGUACGGUCUGGCACCGCGAAGUCACACCUUCUCCUCGACCGGCGGUUCUGUGUCUGCUCUCCCUGGCGACUAUUCGUUCAGCGGGAUGGGCGACAAGACGCACAGCACUGAUUUCUCGUCUGGCAAGUCGGACAUAUCAACAGGCAGCAUCACGGAUGUGGAUCGACGGGCAUUGAAUGAUGGUGGAAUCCUUCCAUCGUCCACCACGUAUACAGGUGGCCUAGGUUCGGUUGUUGGGGGCCACGGGGGUCAUCACGUAAGAAGAUCGCUGCCGGACAUGGGGGCUGCACCAACCGAACCGCCCAAACUUUAUCCCUAUCAUUUACUUGUUAUCACUAACUACAGGCUGCCAGCUGACGUGGAUCGUUGCAAUCUCGAGCGGCACCUCUCCGAUGCAGAAUUUGAAGCUGUUCUACAGUGCUCUCGAUCGGAAUUCUACAGAUUGCCACAGUGGCGUCGCAAUGAAAUCAAAAGACGUGCCCGUCUCUUCUAAUUCAUGUCAAAUUUUUUGCUUAACACACAUCGCGUCGUGUCGCGAUUGCAUUACUGCGGUACGGACCGUACAUUCCUACUGCGUGGGUAGAUGCAUCGCGGGGAAAAAAAUGUGUUCGACAACCAUUACGAUCAUUCUGCCGAUUGACGUGCGCUCAUCAAAAUAAACGUCCUCUAGACUGGGGCGCACGCAACAUACGCAGACGCAUACGCACACAAACACAAUGUAAUGAUGCGGAAGCACUGCCACUUGUCGUCAAUUUUUUUCUCGCAGCAACGAAUCCACAGGCAGCUUUAUCUAUGACCCGAUUUAUUUAGCGACGUAGUCGUUUUCAGGUUCCAUCUCGGAGCUCUAUCGCGAUUUGUUUUCAUACAUGUUGACGAAUAUCCAAUGAAUAUGAUGGCUGAUAUUAACGUAGGGGAGAAAAUAAUCAAAUAGAAAAAAAGUUACGAUUAAAACUCUUAAUACAAUUUACUAUUGUAAAUAAGAAGUUAAUCAAGAAGUCGAAAAAGCGGCGUGGAGGAGCAGCUAGGAUAUUUCAAAGUACAUAACCGCGUAUUUGCUAAAUCGCAUACAUACAUAUUAAUCUUUGUGGAAGAUUAUGACGCAAGGAAACAAACGCUACUAUGUAGGAUUUAUCAUUAUUAUUAGUUUUUAACUACUAUUAUUAAUAUUAUUAUAUUUUACUAUGUGCAACAUGAAGAGUUAAGAGUAGGUAAGCCCAGCUUGCUGAAUGGUGCGAUUGCACUGGAUUAAUCGAAUGAGUUGCGUGUGAUUUGUCACUUUUUAACUUACUCUACGACAAGGAUUAUUUUAUAAAGUAGUUUACGCGCAAAUACGAUGUCCUUGUGUGAGAAGAUAUCAAGUUGUCUUUAUCUUUUAAUUAUCCUUGAUGUAUUAACUAAAGAAACGCUCUGCGGUGCGGAUUGCGAUAGACUUCUAUAAUUACUCGAUCACUCUACAUUAGAGUAUGAAUAAGAAAAUCAGGACCAAAUUUAUAGUUGUGGUGGAUUUAACAAUAACAGGAAGUAUAUUUUAACCAUAUAUGGAUUUAUUAUCAUAUUCAAUUCAUAGCAAUUUUCUCAAUAUUUUGGAAGUAGCA